AUGAUCAUCAGUAUUCAUGGGUCAAUUGGAAAAGUAUUGAUUCAACAAAAUUAUAUAGCAGUAACCGUACCAACUUUCCUUCAACCUGUUAUUCAAUCAUGGGUUGCUUGGCUCUCGUUUACAUUUAUUGCAAUUCCGGUUUCUACCUUUUUCUUGAUUUGGGAUUUCCCAAAAUCUAUUUGGCGAUUGCUCUUCUCUGAUUAUCCUAAAGUUGUUCUGAUUACUGGUGCAAAUUCUGGUAUCGGAGCAGAACUUGCACUUGCCUAUGCAAGACCAAACACUACUAUUGGACUUAUUGCUCGUGCAACUAUUCGCGUAAUGUCUUGUGAUAUUACUAAUCUGGAAGAUUUAAAUAGAAACAUCGAUGAGUUUGAUGAAGCUAAUCCGAUUGAACUAUUGAUUGCAAAUGCAGCCCAAAUUGGCAUUACAACUGAUCAAGAAUUAUCCGAUCAAUGGGAAGAUUUAUGGCAUAGGUAUUUUGAGGUGAACGUCGUAGGUACAUUGGCAACAGUUAUGACAACAUAUAAAAAAAUGCGUGACAGGGGAAAAGGUCAAAUUGCAAAUGAUGAUUGCGAAUUUUACAAUGACGAUGUAAUAUGUUUAGAAGGAGAAUGUGUUUUUAAAUGUUCAAGGGACAAAGAUUGUUUUCCAGAAGGCAAAUGUAUAUAUGAAAUAUGCAAUUGGAAUGAUAAAAAAACCCCAAAUUCACAGUCUUUAGAUUCAUGGUUGAAAAUAGAAGCAGAUCCAAUAGCAACAACAAUUACUGCACCUGUAACUGCUACAUCAAUUACAUCCACCGGCAUUACCACAUCAGUUAGUAAAAGUAUGCAUCGUGGAUUAAGACCUUUGAAAUUAUCACAUACAAGAACCAGCAGCAGCAGUAGUUUGGAUGGAAGCCGUCGUCGUAGUGGAUCAAAAAGUAAUAUUAUAGGUGAAACUACUACUGCCACAUCACUAUAA